GUAGAUAUCCUAGUGAACAACGCAGGACUUUCGGCAUCCCAGACGGUGUUUGAAUCUACAUGGGAAAUCGUUAGGAGAUUGUUUGAAGUGAACUUCUUCGGUAAUAUUGGGCUUGCCAAGGCCUUAUUGCCCCAUUUCAGGCAGAGGAAAGCAGGACAUAUCGUCGUGCCAUCCAGUGUUCUUGCCAUUGUCUCCACCCCCACUUCCUCCGCCUAUUGCGCCUCCAAACAGGCCAUUUGGGGAUAUUACGACUCCCUCCGAGUGGAGGAGGACAGGCACGGGAUGAAGGUCACCAUAUUAUUUCCAGGUGGAGUGAAAACGAACAUAUUUUCCAGCCCUCUCGGCGCAAAAAAAUGGCUCCAGGUCGAUAAGUUUCCUUUGAAGGCGUUCAUGAUGGAUGUGACGACUUUCGUGGAUUGGACACUGAUUGCUAUAGCCAACCAAAAUUCAACGGCCUGCAUCGCCAGAAACUGGAUCAUCUUCCAGUUCUGCUAUCAUUUCCCGAAUCUCACCAGAUGGUCUCUGCCCAGUGUCACUGGGUCCCAAAUGGUCGAAUCCAGGGGGUUGGCAGCUUGUGGAAUCCUCGAGAAAGAGAUGCAGAUGUCCCCUUCGACAAGACACAUGUUUCGGCUGACCUUGGAGGAAAAUAAAGACGACUGA